CGUCGUUUUAGUCGGCAUUGCCCUUUUUUCUUCCUAAUCUAGGGUUUACUACUCAGUCUCUCCUCUCUCUCAUUCUCACUCUCACGCACCUGCACAGAGCCAUGGAGGCCCCUCCUCCACCGACGACGUGUUGGAGCAACGUGGUGAAGAAGGAAGCACCAUCCCAAAACCACCACCAUCCUCCCGCUGCUGACGCCAGCCGCGUGGUAGGCAGCUGCAAGUCCUCCAAAGGCGUGGCCGUCGCCGUAGUCGAUACCAAUGCUAUCAUCGAAGGCAGCGAGAGGCUCGCCGCCGUCGCUGACAAAUUUGUCUCCGUUUCCGAAGUCAUGGCUGAGGUCCGUGACCCCGCCUCCCGCCACAGGCUGGCUUUCCUACCCUUCACCGUCGACAUCAUGGAGCCCUCUCCCGAAUCUCUUAAGAAAGUUAUCAACUUUGCAAGGGCAACUGGUGAUUUACAUACUCUGUCGGAUGUGGAUCUCAAAGUCAUUGCACUGGCUCAUACACUGGAAGCUCAGAUUCAUGGAACUCAACAUCUAAAGGAUAUCCCUCCGCCUGUUCAUGUGGUUAAUGUGAAGAGACUGCCUGAAAAAGACAUGCCUGGGUGGGGCUCCAAUGUUCCUAAUUUGGAAGAAUGGGAAGCAUUAGAACGGGAAGUUGAGGACAGAUCAAAUACCAGUUCAAGAAUCCUACCGCUGAAAGACAUUAGCUUGAACAUUGUCCCUACUGAUGCCCAUGUUAGUUCUGGAGAUGGUUUAGUGGGAAAUGAAGGUGAAGGUCAUGCUGAAGAUCAAGAGGACUCUGGGAGCCAUUUCAGAAAACCAAGGAGAUAUUUACCAAAGAAAAAGGAGAUAAACAUUGAAGGGAAGAAGAUGGUGGCAGAUGGAAUUGAUGCAUCUCAGGGACAAUAUGAUGAUAAUGCUAGUGAUUGGCUGCCUGCCGUGGGUCGAAGCACUCACAGAAGAUAUCUCAGAAGAAAAGCAAGACGUGAAAUGUGUGAGGCAUUAUUCGAAAAGGACAGUGAGCAAGAUAGAGAGAAAAAUAUGGAAAACAACAUUCUUGACGAGACUAAAUGCCAGGAACAAUUGUUGCAUGCGAGUUCUGAAGAAGCACAUGUUGUAAAUGGAAUUUCAGAGGAGAGAGAAAUUCAAGAUGGGAAGAAUGGUGAUGAUCUUUCUUCAAUCUUAAAACAAAUGAGGUUGGAAGAAGAUUCGAAAAAUGCUCUUCAAGAAGGAGAGCAGAGCACAUGUCAUGAAGAACUGGAGUCUAGCAAUUCCAGUGCUGUGAAAGUCAACGUCGAUAAUCAUGCAACAGCUGUUGAAAGGGAUGAUGCUGAAAUGGUCAUCAAUGAAGAUAUGGACCAGUUGGAGAUUUCAAGUCAGACCAAUGAAAGUGCCGCUGCAUCAUAUGUGGAUGAUGAUAGUAGUGAACAGAGCUGGACUCUAAGAUCCUUGUCUGAUUCCAGUGUAGCUUGUAUAACUAGUGACUUUGCAAUGCAAAAUGUUAUUCUGCAGAUGGGUCUGCGCUUGCUGGCUCCUGGAGGACUGCAGAUCCAUCAGUUGCACAGGUGGAUAUUGAAAUGCCAUGCCUGCUACAAAGUAACUGCCGAAACUAGGAGGAUUUUCUGCCCAGCAUGUGGGAAUGGUGGCACUUUACGCAAGGUAGCUGUUACUGUUGGUGAGAAUGGGGUUGUUUUAUCUGCCCGACGACCACGUAUAACCUUGAGGGGCACAAAAUUUUCACUGCCUUUACCCCAAGGUGGAAGGGAUGCUAUUACUAAGAAUCCCGUCUUGCGUGAGGAUCAACUGCCGUCCAAGUUCUUGCACCCUAGGACAAAGAAGAAAGCGAAUAAGCAGGAAGAUGACUUCUCCACACUGGAUGACAUCUUCAGCCACCAUACUGAUAAGAAGGCUCCUUUGAAGCCUCCUGUGGGAAGAGCAUUAGCAGUUUUCAGCGGAAAGAGGAAUCCUAACGACAAUCACUUCUCUCGUAAAAAGCAUUAGAUGGUAAACUUUGCAAAAAUUUUGUUAAUUAUUGCUUCUUGAAAAUUGUAUCUGGUGACCUAAUGGUGUUGUGUUCUUGAGGGGUCAAGAUAAGUUUUUGCCGUUUGACUGCAUAAUCAGUGUCUGGAAGUUUUGUUUGAAAAAUGAGUUUUACUUUGCCAUGAA